UGUAAGAAAGUGGAGGAACUAGUCUGUUGUCACAAUGGUGACUUCCCUCCAUUGGCAGCAGAGUACGUCCUGCAGAACACGCAAUUUAUGCUGAAGGACACCAGUUUCAGCACAGUGAUAGAAAUCACACACAGGUCCCCAGUGCUGGCUAGCAAGAUCAGGUUUCCACCAUUUUCUAAAAGCUCGUCUGGUGUACAGUAUGGAGAGACAGCUUUUGCCACCACGACAAUCUACAUCAAUGAGGAGCUGCAGAGGAUGGGAAAGAUGAAUGCAAGCUCUUUCAACAAGCUCCUUGUGCAUCCUGCCAGCCCAGAAGAGUGGUCAGAAGUGUUUGAUGUGGUUGCUGGUGAGCUUGGACAACGUGCAACAUGGCCAUUGGCCAGAGCCCUGGGACUGACCAAUGUGGAAAUAGAAAAUGUCCAACAUAGGCAUCCUGAUGACUUAAUGGAGCAGAAAAUACAGUUGCUGAGAAAUUGGAGGCAGAAACAAGGUCCUGAGAAGGCAACCAUGUUUGCUUUGAAGUGUGCCCUGAAUAAGGUUCAACAAAAUGAUCUAGCACAGAAAUUACCAUCAUAGGAUGAUUUGAUCUUGUCUAGUACAGUAGCAUCAUGUAUUUUUUUAAAAGGAAUAUUUUAUUUCUGUCCAUCAGCAGAUUUGAAAUUGAGCCUUAAUAUGGUUACUUUAAAGCAUCUUGUAUUAAUUGUAUUGUACAGGACAUGGUAGAUAUUUAUGUUUCUGUUUAAAAUUUAGAAAUGGCAAACUUUUUACAGCUGGUGUUUGUUAUGCAGUCAGUAUAUCUCUAGGAGUGCCAUAUGAAAGACUGAUUUUGUUGUUUGGACACUUGGUCCAAUUUUCUUUGUCUCUCUAGUGUAAUGUCUCUGGCAUUGCCAGUUUUAUGUUGUGUUAAAAUGUAUAUUUUUAUCAUACAUAGGUUUUUAAUGUUCAUAAAAUGGACAUAUUCUAAUAUUGACAGCAAUAUUCUAUGGUCCUCACUAAGAUGCAAUGUGGGCAAUAUUUUAUAUUCUAUCUCUAUAGAGAGUAUUGGUUGUGAAUUUGGUGAACCACCAUCAGCAGGAUUCUACAUUGAUAUGCACAAAAUAUUUUUAAAUUGUGAGUCAAAGAUUUAAUACAAAUUAUAGAUGUUUCCAAUUUUCCAAUUUAUUGAUAACGAAUUGUACACAUAAGGCAUGUGGGGUGUGGUAAGGGGAAUUCUUUGCACAGAAUAUUCCACUGAAAUAUGGAAUUUCUGGGCCAUGUGAUUUUCAUCACCCAAGAUUAUUUUGAUACAAAAUUUUCUCUCUUUGUCUUUUUAAGAUAAUCCCAUUUGAUGUCACCAUGUUUUCUCUUUGCUGUAUCUGUUAGGUUUAAAAUCAAUUAUAUAAAUGUCCAAAUAGUAUAUUUCCCUAUUGAAGCAGAGUAUUAAUAAUUGUCUCUAUAUCUGAAAAAAAAAUUAAGUAUUCUAAUAUGGCAGUAAUAAAUGUUUUGUUCUGCUAUAUUCUAACAAUGGAUAGUUUUAAAGGUUGUAUUUGUUAUCUAUUCAGUUUGAUUUUAUUGUUUUUCUUGUCAAAGACAGUGUUGUAUAUAAUGCAUGCUUUAAAGAUUUAUUACAUUGUUAUGUUUGUAUUUUAAAUUUACAGUGUCACAGACACAUGGGAGUAUUAAUGGUAUGAAGUCUGUCACAGGCAGUUUUCAUCAACAAAAAUUUCACAUAGCAUUCCUUAAAUCUUACCUCUCUUACCUAAUACUUUUGCAAAUGGGUGCAGCACUCCCAGAAUGAACUGACCUCUAUUCUUAGCAAUACACAUAGACAUGUGAUCCAAGUGAUAUUAUGAAUUAAUCAGUGAAAUACUAUGUACAUUUAUAGUGCUUUUUUAUCUACAGGUGACAAUUAUGGUUCCAUGUUCUUUGAUAAUCAAAUGUAUUAAAAUCUGGGAAUCGAGAAAUAUGGCUAUACUUAUUAUUAUUUGGAUGCUGUGUAUCACGAGUUUAGCCUAUUUAACUUUCAUAAGCUUGUCUGCUUUGUCAAGGGUGCACCAAAAUCUGAAAAUCUGACUGUCUUAGAAAUAGUUUUAAAAAACUAUUCAAAACUAUUCAAAAGUAGUGAAUUUAAAUUGUAUAUCUUCAGUGUGAAAACCUACUGGUUAUGACUCACUGUAGUCACUGUUCAGACUGUUUAUGUUGUUGCUUAAUGUCAGUAUUUGCUAUUUGUGUGUUCUUGUUUACCUUUAUUGUUGUGUUGUAGAAAAAUGGUCUCAAGUAAUAAGAAAAUAUCUCUUCAUUUCAUAUAUGUAUGUUCAUGUAUGGAUAUGUCAUUUACGUUCCAGUAAUUGAUGGACUGAAGAUGUAUAUGUUGAAAAGUGUCCAUUUUUGGUGGAAUAAAGCAAAAUUAAUUA